AUCACCGCUCGUACUGUAGGAGGCGCUGUGACUUUCUUCUUCUUUAGUUCACCGGGAAAACCACUGAAGAAAGAAAGAAGGAAGACUGGAGCACUGAGACGAUGUUGAUCAUGAAAGCGCAGGUGGAUGUGAUCUGCUGUAAAUCAGUAGGAACUGAUCUGUCCAUGCUGGAUAUUGAGGAUUUCAUCACAGAAAUCUGUCGGCUGAAGAAAGAGGUGGCGUCACUGGAGGCAAAGCUGAGAGAAAGAGGAGACAAACUGAACAGAGAGGAUGUGGAGAAGGUUUCAGUGCGUGUGGCUGAUGGGACAGAAGCUCAGGAUUCAGUCUGGAGCGUCAGAGAUCAGAGAUCCAGAGACACACAGGACUCAGAGCUCAGCCUCACUUUACUCUGUUAUACUGACGCUCAGGAUCAUGAAUCCACUGAUCAAACCUCUGACUGUAACGCUGGAGAACAGCAGAUGCUGCAGACGCCGCUGAAGAUGUGCUCCGUCAAACUGGUGGACUGCAGGAACCUGAUCGAGAGCAGAGCAACAACAGAGGAACAACAACAGAGUCACGAGGAUGAAGAUCAGAAUGAGGAUGAGGAUGAUGACUUUUCCACCCCAAAGCAGAAUGACAGCGCUGGUUCCACUUCUGAUGGAGAAAAUGCCUCUACAUCCAAAGAGCGAUGGACAGUGACAGACUGUGGAGAAACGUUCAGCAAACAUGGUCAUUUAGUGAGACAUGAGAGAAAACACACAGAACAGAAAGACUUCAGCUGCAAGAUAUGCAACAUCAGCUUUCCUACCUUCAAAGAGAAAACACUUCAUUCAAAAGAGCACAGCAUGAAGAAGGAGUUUCGCUGCGAACAGUGCGGGAAGGAUUUCUUCAGUACUCUUUAUAGUAUGAGAGCUCAUAUAAAGAGACACAAUGAAAAGUCUCUUCAGUGCAACGAAUGUAACAAGUUUUUCCGAAACAAAAGAAAUCUGUCUGUUCAUAAGAGGAUCCACACGGGUGAAAAGCCGUACAAGUGCCCUCACUGCGAGAAGAGCUUCACCAGUGGAUCUCAUCUGAGACGACAUCUACUCACACACAGUAAUGAGAGACCACAUCAGUGCCCUCACUGCGAGAAGAGCUUCAGCCAGGGGUCUCAUCUGAAGAGACAUCUACUCAAGCACAGCAAUGACAAACCAUAUCAGUGCCCUCGCUGCGAGAAGAGCUUCAAACAUGGAAUCAGUCUGAAGAACCAUCUAUUAACGUACAGCAAUGAGAGACCGUUUCAGUGCAGUCAAUGUGGGAAAACUUUUACAAACUCAGCUUCUCUAAACUCACACCAAAGAAUACACUCUGACAAACCAUAUGAGUGUUCACACUGUGAGAGACGUUUCUAUCAUUCGACUAAUCGGAAAAAACAUGAGAGGAUUCACACAGGAGAGAAACCGUAUCUGUGCUCCGACUGCGGGAAGAGCUUUGCUAGUUCAUUUUCUUUCAAAGUUCACCAGAGAAUUCACACAGGAGAAAGACCGUAUCCCUGUAGUGAUUGUGGGAAGAGUUUCUAUAAGCUAAGUGACUUAAAAAUACACAGGAGGACUCAUACAGGAGAAAAACCUUAUAAAUGCUCACAUUGUGACAAGGCUUUCGCUCAAGCUGGUUACCAGAAGAUCCAUGAACGAAUGCAUACAGGAGAGAAACCUUACUGCUGCUCCAUCUGUGGCAUGAGAUUCGCAUGUAAAUGGGGUUUUCAGACGCACCAGAAGAAGCACGCUGCCCCAGAAUCAUCAUAGCUUCAUUAUUAUUUCCAGGUUGUGUAAAAAAAAGACCUUGGAGUGUUAUGGGAACAUUAUUUUAUGGUUGUAAAAAAAUAAAUCAUAAAACAAGAAUAAGAAUGUCUCUAGAACAUUAUUUACUGGAUGGAAAUUAA